CGAUGAGGUCAUGCUGAAUGGAGCUGGGCUUUUGUUGGCUGCCUCCUCCUGCCCAGCCCUGGCUGAUGGGUGCUGUGACUCAGCCCACUGCCUGCCCACGAGCUGAGGCUGUCCGGAGUGAGGGGAGGACAGGAGGACGUCCUACUGCUGCUGCAGGGCCAUCUCGGAGAUACCCUGCGUGCCGCUCCCACCCCAAGUAUGAGCUCACCGCCUGCUUGUUUGCUCUCUGCGGGGAGAGCUCUCUUCCUCCUGCUUCCUCCCUGUGGUGGCUGGGCUAUUUCUCCCAUGACUCUCUACGUCUAGACCUGGCUGUCCCGUGCCUUUGCCAAUCACACCCGAGCUUCCUCCUCUAACAGUGCAGAGUGGGGCUCCUCCCAUUCUGGGUCACUUUUCCUCCUCUCACCUUGACACCAAGCCAACUCUGCUUGUGCCUCCCUGUGCCCUUCGCCCCUUCCCCGCCCGUCCUGGGUAACCGUCACCCAUGGACGACUCGGAAGUGGAGUCAACCGCCAGCAUCCUUGCCUCUGUCAAGGAGCAGGAGGCGCAGUUUGAGAAGCUGACACGGGCGCUGGAGGAGGAGCGGCGCCAUGUCUCAGCCCAACUGGAACGAGUGCGGGUCUCCCCACAGGACGCCGGCCCGGGCUUGGCCAACGGCACACUCUCCCGGCGGCACCAGAACGGCCGUUUCUUGGGUGAUGCUGACCUGGAAAGACAGAAGUUCCCAGAUUUGAAGCUCAACGGACCACAGGACCACAGCCACCUCUUGUACAGCACAAUCCCCAGAAUGCAGGACCCAGGCCAGAUUGUGGAGGAGACAUACACCAUGGAGGAGGACCCAGAAGGGGCCAUGUCUGUUGUGUCUGUGGAGACAUCGGAUGAUGGGACAACCCGACGCACAGAGACCACGGUGAAGAAAGUGGUGAAGACCGUGACCACCCGGACGGUGCAGCAGGUCCCCAUGGGGCCUGAUGGGUUACCCUUGGAAACUUCCCCUGUCACCAGCAACUACGUGCAGACGAUGGACAGGAACUUCCGCAAGAAUGGCAACGGUGGCCCUGGAAGCUACCUGAGCCAGCCAGGCACAGCCACGCUUCCUCGCAACUACCAUUACCCCGAUGGCUAUGGCCGCCCUUAUGAUGACAGCUACCCGGGCAGCGAUCACAGCUAUGGCAGCCUGUCCCGUGUCACCCGCAUUGAUGAGCGCUAUCGCCCAUCUAUGGACACUUACCGGGCCCCCAGCCGCCAGGACAUCUAUGGCCCCCAACCUCAAGUGCGAGUUGGGGGCAGUAACAUGGACCUCAACCACUUCCACCCUGAGCCGUAUGGCCUGGAAGAUGACCAGCGCAGUGUGGGCUUUGAUGAUGUGGACUACGGGCUUAUGUCUGACUAUGGCACAGCCAGGAGAGCAGGGACACCAUCUGAUGCUCGACGUCGGCUCAGGAGUUAUGAAGACAUGCUGGUCGAUGAAGUGGCUCCCGACCGGUACUACUGGGCCCCUCUGGCUCAGCAUGAGCGGGGCAGCUUGGCUAGCCUGGAUAGCCUGCGGAAAGGAGCACCAGCCCCAGGCAACUGGCGUCAGCCAGAGCUGCCAGAGGUGAUAGCGAUGCUGAGCUUCCGCCUGGAUGCUGUCAAGUCCAAUGCAGCAGCUUACCUGCAGCACCUGUGCUACCGUAAUGACAAGGUGAAGACAGAGGUGCGCAAGCUGAAGGGCAUUCCAGUGCUGGUGGGAUUGUUGGACCACCCCAAGAAAGAGGUGCAUUAUGGUGCCUGCGGGGCCCUCAAGAACAUCUCCUUUGGCAAGGACCAAGACAACAAAAUUGCUAUCAAGAAUUGUGAUGGGGUGCCUGCUUUGGUGCGCCUGUUGCGAAAGACCCAUGAUAUGGACCUCACCGAAGUCAUCACAGGAACACUGUGGAACCUGUCUUCACAUGACUCCAUCAAAAUGGCCAUUGUGGAUCAUGCACUGCAUGCCCUGACUGAUGAGGUUAUCAUCCCCCGCUCAGGCUGGGAGCGGGAACCCAAUGAGGACUCAAAACCACGCCACAUUGAGUGGGAAUCUGUACUCACCAAUACUGCUGGCUGCCUUAGGAAUGUGAGCUCAGAGCGGAGUGAAGCCCGUCGGAAGCUGCGAGAAUGUGAUGGGCUGGUGGACGCCCUUAUAUACAUCCUCCAGUCUGAGAUCGGCCAGAAGGACUCAGAUAGCAAGCUGGUGGAGAAUUGCGUGUGCCUGCUGAGAAACUUGUCUUACCAAGUCCAUCGUGAGAUCCCCCAUGCUGAACGCUACCAAGAGACUCCUCUGGCCACCACCAACAAUGCUGGGCCCCAUGCUGCAAGCUGUUUUGGUGCGAAGAAGGGCAAAGACGAAUGGUUCUCCAGAGGUAAGAAGCUCCCCGAAGACCCUAGUGCAGAUACAGUGGAUUUUCCCAAAAGAACAACUCCAGCCAAAGGCUAUGAGCUCCUCUUCCAGCCAGAAGUGAUCCGGAUAUACAUCUCCCUGUUAAAAGAAAGCAAGACUCCAGCCAUCCUAGAGGCUUCAGCAGGAGCAAUUCAGAAUCUGUGUGCUGGCAGUUGGACGUAUGGCCGGUACAUCCGCUCGGCUCUCCGCCAGGAGAAGGGACUCUCUGCCAUUGCUGACCUCCUGACCCAUGACAGUGAACGUGUAGUGAAAGCAGCAUCCGGAGCUCUCCGCAACCUGGCUGUUGACUUGCGUAACAAAGAGCUGAUAGGUAAACAUGCCAUCCCCAACCUAGUGAAGAACCUGCCUGGAGGCCAGCAGACUCCAGCCAAAAACCUCUCUGAGGAUACAGUCGUGUCCAUCCUCAACACCAUCAACGAAGUCAUUGUAGACAACCUUGAGGCUGCCAAGAAGUUGCGGGAAACGCAGGGGAUUGAGAAGUUGGUGCUGAUCAACAAAACUGGGAACCGCUCAGAGAGAGAAGUUCGAGCAGCUGCCCUCGUCUUGCAGACAGUCUGGGGAUAUAAAGAGCUGCGGAAACCCUUGGAGAAGGAAGGCUGGAAGAAAUCAGAUUUCCAGGUGAACCUCAGCAAUGCCUCUCGGACACAAGGGGGAAACUCAUUUGAUGACAGCACCUUGCCUCUCAUCGACAGGAACCAAAAAACAGACAAGAAAUCCUCCCGGGAGGAGAUCCAGAUGAGCAACAUGGGACCAGACAACUAUUCCACACUUAAUGAGAUGGACCACAGCAGGACACUGGACCGAUCUGGUGAUCUUAGAGACACGGAGCCAGUGAAGGCAGCACCGCUGAUGCAGGAGGAGGGGCAGGAAUCCCAGCCCGAGGCAGAGGAAGAUUCUGCUGUGUUUUCCCCUGUGUCGCAGAAGAUUUAAGCUGCUAUUCCUGCCUCCGCUCAAUUUGGUUGAUAAUAUAUUUUAUAUAUAUAAAUAUAUAUAACUCUUCGUGGUGGAAUGGACCCAAUUUUUUUUCAACUCUUUUUUUUUUUUUCGCUGGACUGUUAGUGCCAACUCGCCAGCCAAAUGACUGGGCCUGGUCCCACAGGAGGCAGCCCAGGCCGCUCUGCCUCCUCUCAGUGGCUGCACCUCCCUGUUCUGGGACAACUAUCAAUAACUCUUCCUCCCUGUCCUCCACCACUUCCCUUCCUUCAGAGAGGAGGCCCUCCUGCCUGACUGCCUGCCACAACUGGCAAGAAUGCUGCAAAACAAUUCCAGACCUCUGCCUUGACCAGGAACUGCCUUCUCUGCCGCGCCUUCCUUCUGCUCGGAGUCUACUGCGGGGACAGGGACCAAGACCUUACUUGCCACCUUCCUUUGUUGCCUAUAGGAUAUUUUUCUGUGUGUGGGAUCACUCUUCAGCUGAGGCUGCAGGGACAAGAGCAUCCCUCCCUGGUGGCAGCGGGACUGGGGUGCGAAGGAGGCUGGAGUCACGGGGGUGUUGGUGGAAAGGAGAAGCAGCAAUAACUCUUCUUGCUUUGAUCUACGUGAGGCUUUGGGGGUGUGGGAAGAGGGAUCUAUCUUAACUCUGACUGUUUGGCCUGAUUCUGGAUCCUGCCAGGGAGAACGGGGGGUCUGGAUGGGGCAGUUGAAAAGAGGAGGGAUCCUUAUGUAGGGAGAGGGUCUGCGUGGUGUGGUGGGACAGGCCUCUGCCCUGGGGUGAUCCUUCCCUGGGGGAGGAGGAGAAGCAGCAGGGCUUUUGGGGCCGGCUUUCUUUGGGAACUGGCUGAAGUAGCGGUGGGUCUUUGAGGGCAUGCGCAGCAGGUAGGGCCUGGAUCCCAUCCACCCCCGUGCACCAGCUGCCCGUGGCAGUGCCCCCUCAGACUUCUCUUGACAUGUGCCUUUCUUUUGCCACUGUGAAAUAGCUCUUUGAAUUGUACUGUCUGGCUUCGCUAUGGGAAGCGGUGUAACAGGCUCCUGGUGGGGCUGAGCUGGAAGCCCAGCGGGGGAGGAUCCCAGCCCUGCUGCCUUUGGCUGCCACUACUGAAUAAGGGCAGGGCUCUCCCCUCCUGUCCUGGAGCAUCUCUGUGGUGGUGGGGCCGUGUUUGGUGCUGUGAUCUUUGGGGUGAACAGGGGGAGGCUUUUAGGCUCCCUGUGCAACUGGAACCUCCUUGCAAGGCUGCAAACUGGAGAACGGAGCCCUCCCCAGUACACACACUUGUGCCUCGCUCUUCCAGCUCCAGCCACACCUCAGCUCCGUUUGGUUUUGUUCUGGGGUCUAACUUCUCUCUUUCCUUUCAAUACGUAAAACACUAAUUCCUUUUAAUUUUUUAAUUCCAGAUGAACCAAAAAAAAAAAAACCCACCACACAAACAAAACACCAACCACAAAACCAAGCUUCCCCCUUCCCUCCUCUCCUGUGCAGGGCAGGGGAGCUGGCUGCAGGGUGAGGGUGGAGGGGGCAGGAGCACCCCGCUGUUCCUUGUCUGAUUCCUGUGCACACUCUUGUAACGCUUUUCAAACAAAAUGAUUUUUUUAUAUAAAUAAAGUUUUUAAAGUGUGA